AUGCUUUGUGGUUCCUUCUCGAGUUUCAGUUUGUCUCUUGAGGACGCACUUCAUCUUCUCCAACGUUUCUUUGACUCCUCAAACAAGAUUAAGCAGAUUCACUGCGUCCUCUUCACCAGCAACGCAUUAGUCGCUUCGAGAUGGAAGACGAUAUUCGUUUACAACACUCUCAUUCGAUCCUAUCUCACUACGGGACAGUACCAGACUUCUCUUGCUCUCUUCACUCACAUGCUUGCAAGCCAAGCUACUUUCGUUAGUGUGCUUUCUUCCUGCGCUAACUUGGAUCACGGAGGAGUUCGAUUGGGGAAGCAGAUUCAUGGAUAUGUUAUGACGAAAGAGAUCAUCAUCACUACUACUUUCGGUACUGCUUUGCUCGAUAUGUAUGGAAAAGCCGGUGACUUGGAGAUGGCAUUGACCACUUUUGAUCAGAUUCGUGAUAAAAAAGUUUGCGCUUGGAAUGCGAUAAUAUCAGCUCUUGCUUCCAAUGGUAAACCAAAAGAAGCGCUGGAGAUGUUUGAGGUGAUGAAAUCGAGGAAUGUGCAUCCGAAUGGGAUCACUUUACUUGCAGUACUCAUGGCUUGUGCUCGAUCUAAACUUGUGGACUUAGGUAUCCAGUUGUUCACUUCCAUGUGUCGCGAGUACAAGAUCACUCCAACAUCAGAGCAUUACGGCUGCAUGGUUGAUCUCAUUGGUAGAGCCGGAUUAUUGGUUGAUGCAGUUGAAUUCAUAAAGAACUUGCCAUUCGAGCCUGAUGCUUGCGUGCUCGGAGCUCUUUUGGGCGCUUGCAAGAUUCAUGAGGAUGUUGAAUUAGGGAAUAAAGUCGGCAAAAUGCUUAUUGGAUUGCAGCCACAACACUGUGGCCAGUAUGUGGCCUUAUCAACACUAAGUGCUUUGGAAAGCAAUUGGGCGGAAGCAGAAGAGAUAAGGAAAGUCAUGGUACAAGCUGGAAUUCGGAAAAUCCCUGCUUACAGCGUGCUCUCAGGGCUUGAGAAGUGA